UCAAAAUGGCGACAACUUUAGAAAACGCAAACCCGACUAUUUUCCUGCAGAAAACAGAGCGGGAAGUUCUCCCUGACGAAGAAAAUGAGGAUGUUGUGGACAAGAUCGAUGAACGAGAAGUAUUUGAUCUGAUUCGUUCUAUCAAUGAUCCUGAACAUCCUCUUACUCUGGAGCAGCUGAAUGUUGUGGAGCAGUCUUUAGUAGAGGUGGAUGAUGCAAAUAAUUAUGUGAAAGUUCAGUUCACCCCAACAAUUCCUCACUGUAGUAUGGCAACCCUGAUUGGUUUGGCAAUACGAGUCCAGCUUUUAAGAUCACUGCCUGAAAGAUUCAAGGUUGAUAUCAGCAUAACCCCUGGUGCCCAUGCUUCAGAAGAUGCAGUAAACAAGCAGCUGGCUGAUAAAGAACGAGUUGCUGCAGCUUUGGAAAACACUCAUUUGUUGGAAGUUGUAAAUCAGUGCCUCACAGUGCGUCACUGAGGUGGCUUAUAAUAUUUGUAAUGGGAACAAACUGUAUAUGGCUGCAAAAAUUGCACUGAAGGAUAAUCUAGGCAGUUAGUCAGCGUUUCACAGUUUGCUGCGAAGGGUGGCAGCUAAAAAUACAAUCUACAUGUAUUUGCCUGACAAUCAGCUUAAAUGUGUGAACUCCAUCUGAUUUGGAAAGUAUUAUAGUACUGUGGGAACACUAGACUUUCAUGAUGUUGGCACACCCAAACAGAAGUUCCUCACUCUCCAUUUACUUCAAAUUUUAAAACAUUCAGUGAAAGCAGAGGUUCGCUAUGCUGCUAGUAAUGCUGUGGCUUGAUUUAAUAAACAGUGGCACAAGACAGGUUAUCCCAAACAUCCUAUAUGUAGGAUACAGCUGUUGUUUGGUCUAGUCUUUUCACCCAAAGAAAAGGAAAGAUUUCACCCACCCCUAGACAGGGGCUUAUCAUGGUGGGCGGAAUUGGAGGGGGGGAUUAAAUUAACAGCUAACUGAGGGUCAAUGUGCAUAUUGUUAUUUUUCCCCUGUACUGUCCCCCAAAUUUAAUGAAUAAAAUACAAAAACCUAUUAUGUUUAAAAUGGAAACUACAGCUGGGUUUUAAUUCUAAGUCAAUUUUGUACAGCAAGCAAUCUACCUAGUCUGAUUAAAAGAUAAUAAACCAACCACUUUACCUUUGUUGACUAUAGGGAAUAGGGAGGAGUAUUUCUUGGAAAAUUAAAGUUCUAGACCUGAUGGAAGUACAUUGAGGUGUGAUUGGUAGUCACAGGCUGUAUAUCUAACGUCUCUUUUUAUUAUAAGACAUACUCUUAUCGUUGUACAUAACACUUUAUGAAGUUGUUGAAAAAGCUCAUUAAUACUUGUACUACUAACUCAAUGGUAUGAGAGUUACAAAUUAAGAACUUUUAAAUCCUUACAUACACUGUACAUGUAACAAUCUCAGUUUGCAAAAUGUAUGAACCACAUUUACAUGCUCAUGUAUGUACAAAGAAUGUUUUAUGUUUGAAAAGGCUAUUUAGCCGUAGUUAAUCAGAUUUAAAUAUAUAAUACAUG